AGAUUCCUUCUGUCUAUCAUCCAUCCAUCCAUCCAUCCAUCCAUGAUCAUCAAGGUCGAGAAAUCUAAAAUUAGGCGGUGAAUGAUUUAGAUUAGUAAGAAGCAUCACACACACAGAUUGAUAAGUGUAGAUAAAUUCAAACCCAAACCCUAGAUCGAUUGCGUACGGAGGAGUCUCUUGGGAAGCGAUGAGGAAAGAGGAGAUUCCAGAUAAAAGUCGGAUUGAUCCGAAUCUGCCGAAAUGGGUCUGCCAAAACUGUCACCACGCCCUUACCAUCGUCGGCGUCGAUUCCUACGCCGGCAAGUUCUUCAACGAUUCCCCUCCUUCCGGUUAGGCCCUUUUUUUGGAAUUUAUGUACUGGCAACGCAGGGCUCAUCCAUCCAUGGAGCUAACAGUGUUCUUGGUUCAACACGCAUGGACAACUCUUUCGUUGUUUUACCUCGACAUAAGCCUCAUCAGGGCAUUCCUCCACGUCCUCGUGGGGCCUCGUCUGCUCAGCCUGAUGCAACUCAAUCUGGAAAGGCAAUGGAAGAAUCGUUUGUAGUUGUGUACAAGUCUGAGCCUGCUUCUGAUUCUGGCGCUUCUCACAAUCUGUCUCUUGAAGUGGGCCAAAACGGUCCAUUACAUUCAAACACUUCUGGCUUUAAUGCGACUAUCAAUGUCUUAACACGUGCUUUCGAUAUUGCCAGAACUCAGACACAGGUUGAACAGCCAUUGUGCUUAGAAUGCAUGAGGGUAUUGUCUGACAAACUUGAAAAAGAAGUCGAGGAUGUGACGAGGGACGUGGAAGCAUACGAAGCAUGCGUUCAGCGGUUAGAAGGGGAGACACAAGAUGUUCUUAGUGAAGCUGAUUUUUUGAAGGAAAAAAAGAAGAUUGAGGAAGAAGAAAGAAAACUUGUUGCAGCUAUAGAAGAAACAGAGAAACAAAAUGCUGAGGUAAACCAUCAACUGAAGGAGCUAGAGUCAAAGGGAAAUCGCUUUAACGAACUUGAAGAUCGGUAUUGGCAAGAGUUCAAUAAUUUUCAAUUUCAACUAAUAGCCCAUCAGGAAGAGAGAGAUGCAAUCUUGGCAAAGAUUGAAGUUUCACAAGCACAUUUAGAGUUAUUAAAUAAGACAAAUGUACUUACUGAUGCCUUCCCCAUACGGUAUGAUGGGGAUUUUGGUACAAUUAACAAUUUUCGACUUGGAAGACUCCCUGCCAUAAAGGUUGAGUGGGAUGAGAUCAAUGCUGCUUGGGGCCAAGCCUGUCUUCUCCUCCAUACGAUGUGUAACUAUUUCCGGCCAAAGUUUCAAUGUCGAGUUAAAAUACAGCCGAUGGGGAGUUAUCCUAGAAUUGUAGACAGCAACAACGAAACUUAUGAGCUGUUUGGUCCUGUAAACUUGUUUUGGAGCACUCGGUACGAUAAAGCCAUGACACUGUAUUUGAUGUGUCUUAAAGACUUUGCUGAUUUCGCAAAUUCAAAGGACCAAGAGAACAAUAUUCCACCAGAGAAAUGCCUCAAACUUCCAUACAAGAUCGAAAAGGACAAAGUGGAGGGAUUUUCAAUAACACAGAGCUUCAACAAGCAAGAGAGUUGGACCAAAGCACUAAAGUAUACUCUCUGCAACCUCAAAUGGGCACUCUACUGGUUCGUUGGAAACACUAAUUUCCAACCUCUCUCUGCGACGGUCUCUCUGCCUUCUGAUAUAUCAGCUGCUGGUUCCUUGUACGCCAAGCGAGGUCCUGAUUCUAGUAAGCCCUCAGCUGGAAAAAAACCUUAGAAACUGAUGAUAGAUUGACUGAAAUCAGCGACUUUGUGAAUAGUUUAUAAGCAUUUAUGCCAUAGCAUCGAAUAAUAAGAAACACAGAUGCUUUUAAGUUUUUUUUUUUUCUUUCUAGAGUCUUUUGUGUGAUUAUAGCCCUUUUUAUUUCGUUAGUUUCAAGCUUUGUGCGUCUUUUCGGUUUUUCGGUUUCGACAACGCAAAAGACUAAAUUGGAAUGAAAUUUAUCACUGUGGCCAA